UCAUACAUGGAGGAUCACCUCAAGAAUAAAGACCGUCUGGAGCAGGAGUGGAUCGCCCUCUGUGCCUACGAGGCGGAGCCCUGUGCCACCACCCUCGCCCUCAAGCCGGAGAACAAUCUGAAGAACAGGUACCCGGACGCCGUGCCCUACGACCAUAAUAGGGUCGUUCUCACCGCGCACGCCAACCUCAACGGCUCCGACUACAUUAAUGCCUCUUCCAUCGUGAGUUGCUAUACGGACCACGACCCCCGUAACCCGGCCUACAUAGCGACACAAGGACCCCUGGAGAGCACCGCGGCGGACUUCUGGCAGCUGGUGUGGGAGCAGGGCAGCGUGGUCAUCGUCAUGCUCACCCGCCUCACCGAGAAUGGCCACGCCUUCUGCCACCGCUACUGGCCAGAGGAAGGCAGCGACCUCUACCACAUCUACGAGGUACACCUGGUGUCCGAACACAUAUGGUGUGACGAUUACCUGGUGCGGUCCUUCUACCUGAAGAACGUGCGGACGGGGGAGACGCGCACCGUCACGCAGUUCCACUUCCUGUCGUGGCCCGACUCCGGCACCCCGGCCUCCACCAAGGCUCUCCUCGAGUUCAGAAGGAAAGUGAAUAAGUCGUAUCGAGGUCGGUCCUGCCCAAUCAUCGUCCACUGCAGUGACGGCAUCGGUCGCACGGGCACCUACUGCCUCAUCGACAUGGUGCUUAACCGCAUGGCGAAGGGCGCCAAAGAGAUCGACAUCGCUGCCACACUCGAACACAUCCGCGAUCAGCGCCCCCACAUGGUGAAGAGCAAGGCGCAGUUCGAGUUCGUAUUGAUGGCCGUGGCGGAGGAGGUGCAUGCCAUCUUGAAGGCCCUCCCUCAGUAGCCUGCCUUCUGACGACGACCCGGCGAGACUUAGGCCUGCAGGAGGAACGCGCAGACACCCACUUACAAGUUUCUGUCGACGUUUCCUCCACCAAAAGAACUCCUUCUUCACACACCGCGCGGCUUUCCUCCCCAGCAGGAGCUGUGAGGCUCUUGAAGGGCGGUGGCCGGCGGACGUUGUCCCUCUGCUACUGUGUCGCCUUGGUCACCACUCGGCGGCUUGUAACCUGUUGUCGCUUUACUUUCAUCUCCCCUUUCGUACAGGACACAAAAUUAUCCACAAGCUUGGUUCUUAGGACUACGGAUGGCUUACAUUGGACGUAUAUAAUACCCACAGGUAUCAAGAGGAUAAUUAUAUAAUGAUAUAUAUUUUCUUUCAUUGUUUCCAGAUAAAGUAUAUAGGGAUAUAUAAAUAAAUAUAUAUAUAUAAGUUGUGUAUAAGUGGUAAUAAUAAGAGUGUAACGUUAUGUAUCACGCAGACGUCCACCAAGUCACACUCAGUUACACAAACUUUAUAACAACUGGGGGUGCACUCUAUUAUAAAACGUAAAUGGUGUCUAAUAUAUAUAAUAACUUGAGAGAAUCAGUCUGGAGAAACAAUUUCUUUCCUAACCAGGAAGAGACAGCAGUUGCGGACAUCAAUAAAAAGUUUUUGUAACUGAGUAAAAUAAAUGUCAUCCAAACCUCUACUGUCCGCUUUAUUUUCUCUACAAAAGUUGUCUCCAAAAGUAAUAAAAACUCGAAAACAUUAAAGAAUCACAAAAAAAGACAUCAGUCACCACUUCAUUGGCUCCGCGAUGUCCAAUCCCCGAGCCUCUUGGAUGGUACUGCCCUCCUCCUCCUCCAAUCAGGAGCCUUCUUGGACCCAGCCUCCCAAGAAGGCUUCUAUCAGCUAAUCAAGUUCCUCGGCUGAUGACUCCCGCAGCCAAUGAGCGUAGAUGUUGCUUCCUGUGUGUGUCUAACGUAGAUCAAAUGGAUAGUCUAGCAUUAGGUUUAAGGUACAUUUAUUCAGAACUAUCAGAUGCCCAUAGCAAGCUGUGGAACUGGGAAUACUUUCAACAACAUGGGCGACACCCACACGAAAUUCUAACACAUGAGGAACGGUGGGAACAGAGUGCAAAAAUAAUAUUUUAAAUUAUGAUACUCCCCUCCCCCCCCACCCCCGCCUCCCCCACGACAAGAUGUUCCCCAUUCUAUUGUCUGCAUUUUCGGAAGGGAGUAGAACUCUCAAGGAUAUUUUACACAAAACUGAGACGUGAGAGUAGGAAUAUGAUGGCGUGUGUAGUCGAGUGCGUCACUGGUCUUGUUACCCCACAUUAGUUCAGUGUCGACCAUAUACAUCUGUUUGUAUCGUUUACUCUAACAAUUAUUUUACAUUCUUCAACUGUGAUUUUAAUUAUAUUUACAGUGCUGUAUGUGGAUAGACCAGUUAUUAUUCUUAGUUGGCUUGUUAUAAUAAUGAUUAUAAUUGCCUUGUUAUGAAUUGCUUUCAUUGUAUUCAUAUUUGUAUAAUCAAUUAUUUUUAUAUUUACAUUAUUACCAUUAUUGUCAAGAAUAAUUUCUCGGGUGUACAUUUGAGUAUAAUGUCACUACCUUGGUCCCCUACAAUGGUGAGGGUCGUCACCAUGCUAGCGUGAGCCUGGCGCUGUGUGGCUCCUCCGACGCCAAUAAAGUGAUUUGGUGGAAA